AUGGAUUUAGUCAACCACUUGACCGAUAGAUUGCUGUUUGCCAUCCCCAAGAAGGGACGUCUUAAUGAAAGAGCCGUUUCCAUUUUGAAGGGCUCCGACAUCAGAUUCCACCGCUCCCAGCGUCUGGAUAUCGCUUUGUCGACCAACAUGCCAGUUGCUCUAAUUUUCUUGCCAGCUUCGGAUAUCCCAAUGUUCGUGGGUGAAGGUAAGUGUGAUUUGGGUAUCACUGGUGUAGACGAAGUCAAGGAAUCGGAGGUCGACGUGGAGCUGCCACUAGACUUGCAAUUCGGUGCAUGCAAACUGCAAGUCCAGGUGCCAGAAAACGGGCCAUAUACAAAGCCAGAACAACUGAUCGGAAAGACCAUUGUGUCCAGCUUCACGAAUUUGACCAAGAAAUACUUUGCAGAGCUCGAGGGCGUGCCCGUGGACCAGAUCACUACCAAGAUCAGAUACGUCGGCGGGUCUGUGGAGGCUUCGUGCGCGUUGGGCAUCGCCGAUGCCAUCGUCGACUUGGUCGAAUCGGGUGAGACCAUGCGUGCUGCGGGCCUAACAGACAUUUCCACAGUGCUAGAGACCAGUGCGCACUUGAUCGAGUCCAAAAACCCCAAGGGCGACCGUGACCUUUUGCAAACCAUCAAGUCGAGAAUUGAGGGUGUGAUGACCGCGCAAAAAUACGUUUCUUGCCACUACAACGCCCCCACAUCUAGUCUCCCUGAAGUGCUAAAGAUCACCCCGGGCAGAAGAGCUCCUACGAUCUCCAAGAUUGACGACGAAGGCUGGGUGGCCGUUUCUGCUAUGAUCGAGAGAAAGCAAAAGGGAAUUGUCAUGGACGAGCUCAAAAAGAAGGGCGCCGCUGACAUUAUGGUGUUUGAGAUUUCCAACUGUCGUGUUUAA